AUGGUUGUGUCUGUAGUCAAACAGUGGGCAAUUCAUCAGAUGGAUGUCAAGAAUGCUUUUCUCCAUGGGGAAUUGAAAGAGACAGUUUACAUGAAGCCUCCUUUGGGAUAUUGUACAGAUCUGCAGCUUUGGAAGCAAGGAGUAACGAUAUUACUCUUUUAUGUUGAUGAUAUACUUAUUACAGAGGAUGACAUAGAAGGAAUUUCUAGGCUACAACAAUUACUCAGUGAAUCCUUCAAGAUGAAGGACUUGGGACCGUUGACAUAUUUCUUAGGCCUUGAGGUGAAUAGAAAUUCUCGUGGCUACUUUGUUAAUCAACAGAAGUAUGCGGCUGAUCUGGUUAAACUGGCAAAUCUUAGUGAUUAUAAGAUUGUGGACACUCCACUAGAACUGAAUUUGAAACCCAGCAAAGAUGAUGGGUCUCCCCUUGAAGAUACUACCCUUUAUCGUCAACUAGUGGGCAGUUUAAUCUAUCUCACCAUGACUCAGUCGAGCAUAUUUUAUGCAGUUCAGAUAGUAAGUCAGUUUGUGUCUUCUCCGAGACAACCAUGUUUAUCUGCAGUUCAUUGGAUUAUAAGAUAUGUACGGGGCACACUGCCACAUGGGAUAUUCUUCUCCUCAUCAUCUCCCAUUCAUCUUAUGGCCUAUGCAGAUGCUGAUUGGGCUGGAUGCCCUGACACCGACGGUCCACAACUGGCUGGUGUGUCUUCCUAG